CUUGGUUCUGUCAGACUUCAUCCACAUAAAAGCCCAGGCUGCCAUUGGAGAGCCCGUUGGAAAAGAGCGAACAGGACGCAGACGCAGGAGCUAUCGCAGGAAGGCGCCGACAAAACGCAGUGUCCAUCACUCCAGCUGAUGUAACCAGACAGCAUAUGUUGGAGUCAGUUAUUUUACAAUAGCAACUCGGUCCUAAAAAGAUACAAAAGAAGGAGAGAAAAUGGGACAUUCCGCAAUAGCUAUAUUGAUGGCUGUAUUGUCCCAUUGCGUGUGGGAAAACGUCGAGGCUCUGGCCAUGACUGAGGUGAACGGGCCAGGCCCCCAGGUGGCGGAGCCGCAGAUUGCCAUGUUCUGUGGCCGCCAGCUCCUGCACAUGAACCCACAGACUGGUCAGUGGGAGCCGGAUCCUCAGGGCCGCAAAGACUGCUUCAAAGAGCCCGGCGAGAUCCUGUCCUACUGUCAGGAGAUGUACCCAGCUCUUCCAAUCUCCCAUGUAGAAGAGUCAAAAAGCCCUGUCUCCAUCCCCAACUGGUGUAAGAAAGACUGGGGCCACUGCCAGAAACACCCCUUCAUAGUUGUGCCCUACCGCUGUCUAGAGGGCGAGUAUGUGAGCGAGGCCCUGCUGGUUCCUGACAGAUGCCGUUUCCUCCACCAGGAGCAGAUGGAUGCCUGCGAGAGUUAUGUAUACUGGCACAACAUUGCCAAGGAGGCAUGCACUGCUGAUAAUCUGGAGCUCCACAGCUACGGGAUGCUUUUGCCCUGUGGAGACCAUUUCCGGGGGGUUGAGUAUGUGUGCUGCCCAGGCAGAGGGAGCUCCAGCAGCAAAGGAGAGGCUGAGGAAAGAGAGAUCCCUGCUGGUUCUCAGACACUUACAUCCCAGAACAGUGGAAAACUCAACUCUGUUGUCAAAGUGAUAGCCCCCACUCCGAGCCCCUCUCCCGACACAGACGUGGAUGAGGCUGAUGUGGAAGAAGAAGAUGAUGAGGUUUUGGAGGAAGAGGAGGAGGAAGAGGAUGAGGAGGAAGUUGAUGAGGUGGAGGCAGAAGAGGAAGAGGAAGAGGCAGUAGCUGUGAAAGACCCAGAGGAGUAUGAGUAUCCUAUUGACUCAGGUCCCUAUCAGACAUCCGACUAUCUGGACUCCUUCUACUAUGAGAAAAGCAACAAACCCACCACCUCAGCACCUCUUAUGAAAGGAGACAGCUUGACUACACCUCGCCCCACAGAUGGCGUUGAUGUUUAUUUUGAGAAGCCAGUGGAUGAUACUGAGCAUGCCAACUUUCUGCGUGCCAAAACAGACCUUGAGGAGCGGAGAAUGAAGCGCAUCAAUGAGAUCAUGAAGGAAUGGGCAGAGGCAGACAACCAGUCAAAGAAUCUGCCAAAGUCAGAGCGACAGGCUCUUAAUGAGCACUUCCAGUCUGUGCUACAGACGCUGGAGGAGCAGGUUGCUGGUGAGAGGCAGAGGCUAGUGGAAACGCAUCUUGCCAGAGUAGAAGCCAUACUCAACAACAAUCGCCGCCUGGCCCUGGAGAAUUACCUGACUGCCGUACAGUCUGAUCCCCCUCAGCCGGAGCGCGUGCUGCAGGCUCUAAAGCGAUACAUGGCUGCAGAGCAGAAGGACCGAAGACACACACUCAGGCAUUACCAGCAUAUUGUGGCUGUUGACCCCCAGAAGGCUGAGCAGAUGAAAUUCCAGGUGUACACACAUCUUCAUGUGAUCGAGGAGAGGAUGAACCAGAGUCUUGCAUUGCUGUACAAGGAUCCUACUUUAGCGGAUGAGUUGCACAAUGAUAUGGAAGAGCUGGUCAAGGCAGAACGAGGAGACAUCAGUGAGCUCAUGACCACUUCCUUUUCUGAGACCCGCACUACUGAGGAGCUUUUGCCUGCUGAGAGCGAGGAGGAGAAGGAUGACGAGGAAGAAGAGGAGAGAGCCUUCCAAAACAGGCCUUAUCCUCCACGCAUUGAAGUGCAGUCUAACAAGAAAGUGUCUGCAGUAGAUGAAUAUGAUUAUACCACAUCUGAGAGAGGUCCUACUUAUGAAUAUGAGGAAAAGAUCAACACCUCUGCAGAGCUCAAGCAGGUGGUCUACAAGCCUGCUGAGAUCGAGAGAGAUGAACUUCAACCUGAUGCCUUGGAGACGUUUAACCGUGGCGCCAUGGUUGGGUUGCUGGUGGUGGCUGUGGCAAUUGCCAUGGUGAUGGUAAUCAGCCUGUUGCUGGUCCGCAGGAAGCCGUACGGGACUAUCAGUCAUGGCAUUGUAGAGGUCGACCCCAUGCUGACCCCAGAAGAACGACAGCUCAACAAAAUGCAAAACCACGGCUAUGAAAACCCCACUUACAAAUUCUUCGAACAGAUGAACUGAGGUACUGGGGCUACCAACAAGUCAUGCCCGAGUCCGACCACUUGUUUUGUCCCUCUACUCUUCCUUAUGGUGGUCUCCCAGCCACACUCCCUGUGACGGAUUUAUGAUGUGUUGCAAUUAUAAAGUAACUGACUAAGUAAGGGGUACAUCCCAAACCCAUUGUAAAUGACCAACAACAACCUAUCAUCAUUACCAGAAUGUGAAUAAUGAGAUAUGAUACCAACUUGCAUCACCUAUUGUAAUCUUAAAACUCCUCUGGGUUAUAGUCUGGGGAUUGUUCUUUCCAUUAACGCUGCCACAGCGUUUCAUAAUCCUGAAAAUAUUCACAUCAUAGACAAGAGAACCAUCCCAGUGGCAUGACUUGACCUAUUGCUUUUCACUAGAAACUGAAGUUGAACGGUGCAUAAUGCUUUAUAGUAUUUAUUUUUCAGUAGUAGUCUCUUUGUUCAAAUUGUACCACAGUUAGAUAUGAUGUAUCUGUGUAGAUGAGUGUGAGUGACAGCCUUUUUGAAUUAUGGUGUCAAUUUAAAACCCAUUCAGUGAUAAAAGGGCAAUGAGCAAGCUAAUUGUCAAACUAAUAUUACCUCCAGGAGCUACUGUAACACUGGACAAUACUAUAAUCUGGAGACAUGAACAUUAAGAGAGUUUGUGGAGGUGUUUACUUUGAAUGUGUGAGACAUUUAGGCUUUAAUUUAAAACAUGGAAGGCCAAAAAGACCACGCUAGAAUACACUACAGAAUAUGUGCUGGUGGUACAAAAAACAUCAUGUUUUGUUUUGACUUCUGAGGUUCUGCCCUCAAUAUAAUUCAUUAUUUGGCAAAAUAUACCAAAUAUUCCAUUUAGCGAAUCUAGUCAGUGAAUGAGUUUAUUUUAUUUGUACUGCUACCUAAAGACCUGUAAAACAGAAUAAUCAAAAGUCCAUUAUUUUAAUGAAAGCAUGACAACUUGGUGUAUGAUGCUGCUGUAUUUAUUUGUGUUGUUCCCGUCAUUGCUUUUGAGAAGUCGGAAAUGUCACCGUUCAAAAUGGACACUGUAAAUAACGUAAGUAAUACAUACUACUAGAUGUAGACAUUUCUAUGAUUAAUUUGCAUUGAUGUAAUGGAAUAAUACAUAAAAAUAGUACAUUGUGCGGUUACGAGAAGGAGAAACAUUUUUCCUAACAUGGCUGAUUGAAAACGGACUGUUGUAAAAACCAGCACAAGACAACGACACAGUAACUUCUUUCUGAAUGUAUUUAAGGUAGACGUUGAGAUUCCAUUUUCUUUUCAGUAACGCAUCAUUCCCCUAGUAGCCCUGAAUAGGAGUUAGUGAAGUUCAACACAUCCAACAGACAGACUACAUGCCUGAUGCCCUUCUUGCCACUUCCUGUAGCAACCUGUUCAUUUUCACAUUUGGCAGAUGUGUAUUUGAGCAGAGGAACUUAAAGCUUAGGUGUGUUAUUCUGUGUAGUGCAGUGAAGUGUAGAGAGGCCACAGCUAUAGUAAUGUGAUGUGUCAGUGUGUGUAUUAACUCCUAAAAUCAACACCACACUCAGGCUAGUGUGGUGUUGGUAGAUAGUAGUAAAACAUACUGUAUGUCUUUAAAUCUGCCAGUUUGACAUCUUUGGACUCAACAAACAUUGAAUGUUAGUACUCUAUAGAUGCUGUAUUUAAGUUACUCUCCUCAUAAAUAGCUUUUCUCUGAAUGACUCAUUGUAGUUUGUCAUAUUUAUGAUCAACAUAGUACCCUGCAUAGGUAAGUAAAAAAGGGAUUGCCCCUUUUUUUCUGGCUGAUUAACUGCUACGUCUGUCAAGUUGAUUUUCCUUUAACCACUUCAUUCUACUACUUCAUCUUGGUUAGGGAAGGUCAUGCAGUAGGAUGUUGCUUUUUUGUUCAUCAGUCUUUAACUGUAUACUAAAAUCCAUACCAAAAUCAGUUCCAAAUCAUUUAAUUAUGAUGGUAGUUUUCUUUUUAAACCUGCAUUUGUCCAGUCUGAAGAAAAUUCAUUUACCUGUAUUGUUUUUUGUUUUUUGAGAACUUUGCUUUAAAAUAAGCAAAAAAGACAAUAGUGAGUUACAGUUUAGCAUUAAUCUUUUGUUCCUCUCAUUAGGCAGGUUAAUUGCAGGUUGUGGUUGCGUUAUGACGGGUGAAGGGAAGUCAUAGCCCUUGUAUAAUUUGUACAGCUACGUUAGUGAAUGAAAACGUUGUAUGUUCACAGUUUAAGUCAGUUGAUCUUGUAAUGAUACUACUGAAACCAUAGAUGAGAAUAAGCUUGCCUGUGUUUCCCAAACCACUGAAGGUUUCCUACCAGCAUUUAGCAGACUUAGAAUGGUGUAUACUGUAGUUACUCAAAUCACAUUUGUACGUACGUCCUCCUGUCGAAUUCUAGACUUCUUUGUUGGUCUGUCCCCUUACCUCCUGAUGAAUUAUAAACAAUGUUAUUGAGAUUUUAAUUGCUGCAUUAUUGCCUUUUACAAUGCUGUGUUUUGGAUGUAAUUAUUCUGUAUUUUUUAUUUGUAUGUAAUAAUCAGUUGGAUCAAGGGUCAUGCUUUUCACAUGUAAUGUAAUUUUAGAAGCUUGUAUGAGAAAACACUGACAAGUUUAAUACGUUUAGAAAUGUGAAAUAUAUAGACAGAUGUACAGCCUCUGCCUAAUUGACAAGGAGUGGCACUAAGCACAAGUACAACUAAAUUACUCCAUUUGUGUACAGGUUGCAAAAUGUUAAGACGUUGAUUCUGUCUGAUUUCAAUUGUACUGCAUUGAUUCUUGGGAUGUUGAUGGCAUCAUUGAGAGCUGUUCUUCAUUUUCAUUUUAACCAAAGACAUGCUCCACCAGUAUGCAGACAGAUAUUCAAAUUUGGCAAAACUGUUGUGUAAAUGUAUUUGCAAGCAAUCUGAGAAAUUAAAACUGGUCAAGCAAUUAAUAGUGUAAUAAAAAUGAAUGAC